UCUCACUCCCUCUCCUCCUGUCCCUCUCUUCAUCUCUCGCCCGUGUGCGCCGUGCCGCUCCAUGCUCAGCGCACGGAUGUGAGUUUAAUCCAGGCAACGCUCGCGGAGUCAGCAAGUAAGAAAAUGAGGUUGUCCUCCGCCAACCAAGCAGGGGAAUGAGUUUCCAGCGGCAGGCCUAAGUGGACCUGGUGUCAGGUGUGAAGAUCUUCUCAGCUCACGGUUUGGGAUCUUAUUCUUUUGUGUGCGACUCCCGCUUUGAGCUCUGUCCGUCAGCCUUUAAUGAGCGUCUGAUCUGAAGACAAUGUGAGGAGGAUCUCCAGAAGACACCCGCUAGAUCAAAGGAAAUAGCAUCCAUGCUUUUAUUUAUAGUCUGUAUACUUUCUGAUUUUGGACAAAAUCAGCAGAGGCUCUCCAUCUCACCGACCACGUUUGUGUCGGUCUUCUUCAAGGGGAAAUUGUGAGCUUGUCAGUCCAUUCAUCAACCAGCGACCAAAGAGUGUGACAUUUGCCGCCAGACCUAAGACCAAACAGCCUUGGGGUCCACAGGAGCCUCGAUCUUGCAGCUUAGUACUUUGUCCAGACUUUGGUGCUGACACGAUCCACAGUCAGGAUGCAGGUGUCACUGGUGUGCACUGACCACCGCGGUGGUGUAAGCCGCACCACGGAGGACCGGCUCAACCGUCAGAACGCCAACAGCCCGGGCACCGGUACGCGCAACAAGUUCCGAGCCGUGGCGAUGGUGGCUCGCAGUCUCGGUCAGCUGUCGGUUCAGAGUAUCCCUUCUUCCAGCGAGCAGAGCAUUAGGACCGGCAUGAAGUAUAGAAACCUUGGGAAAUCGGGUCUACGCGUGUCCUGUCUUGGAUUAGGAACAUGGGUGACAUUCGGCGGACAGAUAACAGAUGAGAUGGCAGAGCAGCUGAUGACUCUGGCGUAUGAAAACGGCAUCAAUCUAUUUGACACAGCGGAGGUCUAUGCUGCCGGGAAGGCCGAGGUGGUGCUGGGAAACAUCAUAAAGAAGAAAGGAUGGAGACGCUCGAGUCUGGUUAUAACAACAAAGAUCUUCUGGGGUGGAAAAGCCGAGACCGAAAGAGGUUUAUCUCGAAAACAUAUCAUAGAAGGUUUAAAAGCUUCUCUGGAGAGACUGCAGUUAGACUACGUUGAUGUCGUGUUUGCCAACAGACCGGACCCCAACACGCCUAUGGAAGAAACGGUUCGAGCAAUGACCCAUGUGAUAAACCAAGGCAUGGCCAUGUACUGGGGGACAUCACGCUGGAGCCCCAUGGAGAUCAUGGAAGCGUAUUCUGUGGCCCGACAAUUCAAUCAGAUUCCUCCGAUCUGUGAGCAGGCCGAGUAUCACAUGUUUCAGAGAGAGAAGGUGGAGGUGCAGCUACCGGAACUUUUUCAUAAAAUAGGUGUGGGGGCCAUGACGUGGUCACCGCUGGCCUGCGGGAUCAUCUCAGGGAAAUACGACGGCAGGGUGCCCCCAUACUCUCGGGCCUCUCUGAAGGGUUACCAGUGGUUGAAGGACAAGAUCUUGAGCGAGGAGGGUCGGCGUCAGCAGGCGAAGUUGAAAGAGCUGCAGGCGAUCGCGGAGCGGCUGGGCUGCACUCUGCCCCAACUCGCCAUCGCGUGGUGUCUACGUAACGAGGGGGUGAGCUCCGUCCUUUUAGGGGCCUCCAACACGGACCAGCUGAUGGAGAACAUAGGAGCCAUUCAGGUCCUCCCCAAGCUGUCGUCGUCCAUCACUCACGAGGUGGACAGCAUCCUGGGCAACAAGCCCUACAGUAAAAAGGAUUACCGCUCCUAACGUCCGCACGCCUUAUUGCCUGAUCCUACAUUUGCUUGAGCUUCUACCGAGCGAGACCCCGGCGCAUGAGUGUGGUCGCACCAGACGGCCACCGGGGGGCUCCACGCUCACACUUCCAGGGAUGAGAGGUAAACAAACCCACAUUAGUCCAUCGGAGAAGGCCGCUUAGAAAAGUGCAGUCAGUUCUGCACUCCUACUUCAAAUCAUAGAAUAUGUUUUUUUUUUGUUUUUUUUUUUGAAGACAAAAAAAAGCACACGCUUCGUUUUUUUUGUCACUCCAACAUGUUUGUGUCCUUUGUGUGUGAGCCCCCCCUGGUGGUGGGCGUCAACAAUCAGCACUUUAGUCAGGCUACUUUUAGCCAGGGGAAUAAUAAUAAUAAUAAUAAUACUAAUAAUAAUAACCUUCUCUCCCUGACCUUGCACUAUCCAACAAAAAGAAGUCAUUCGUCAGCAUCCUUCAUUUUUUUUUAUGCCAAAACCUGCUCUCCUUUUCUUUCCCAAUCACUAAGCUUAGCGCCGCUAGCGCACCUUUGCUAUUCCUCGAAACGCGCGCACCUAAACGUAGUUUUAGCUCGAAUCUUUCGCAUCUUUUUGCAAGGAAGGAAGCAACCAUCUUUGGCUCUUGUGGUUUGCCCCGCGAGUGAAAUGGUGGGAAGUUGUCCAAGGAAAAACAUCCCAUUGUUGUGCUCAAAACCACAAUUUAUUCGCCGUCUCUUCCUCCAUAUUUCAUUCUUCAAAAGAAACAUUAAGCUGUCGGUACUUUUAUUUUGAAAAAUGGGUAGAACUAUACACGUUACUGGUACAGUGCAUCCAAAAAAAAAAAAGAAUUCACAGCGCUUCCUGCCUUAUUCUAAAUUGGAAUAAAUACAUUUUUGUCCUCAAAAUUCUAACCACAAUACCCCAUUAUAACAUUUUAUUUUUUAUUUUAUUUUAUUUUUUUUAAAUUGAAGUAUUGACAGCCUAUGCUGAAAACGUUGAUGCACCUUUGUCAGCAAUUACAGGUCACAGUAGAAAACAAUGCCACAAGCUUGGCACACUUACUUUUUGGACAGUUUUGUCCAUUCCUCUUUGCGGUACCUCUCAAACUCCAUCAUUUGUUUUCAUCCAGCAUGAGGUGGCGACUUGUCCAGGGUGUACACCGCCUUCUGCCCAAAUGCAGCUGAAGGCAAGAUGGUAGAGGACAAUAAACCUUAGUUUCUAUGUUCCCUGAAGGCAACAUGGUGGAGGACAGUAAACCUUAGUUCCUCCGUUCCCUGAAGGCAACAUGGUAGAGGACAGUAAACCUUAGGUCCUCCGUUCCCUGAAGGCAACAUGGUAGAGAACAGUAAACCUUAGUUCAUAUGUUCCCUGAAGGCAACAUGGUAGAGGACAGUAAACCUUAGUUUCUAUGUUCCCUGAAAGCAACAUGGUGGAGGACAGUAAACCUUAGUUCCUCCGUUCCCUGAAGGCAACAUGGUAGAGGACAGUAAACCUUAGUUCAUAUGUUCCCUGAAGGCAACAUGGUAGAGGACAGUAAACCCGCGGUUCCUGCCUUUUUCUGAAUUGGAAUAAAUAAAUUGUUGUCCUCAAAAUUCUACACACAAUACCCCAUUAUAACAUAAUUUUUUUUUUUUUUCUUUAAUUGAAGUAUUGACAGCCUAUGCUGAAAACGUUGUUGAUGCACCUUUGGCAGCAAUUACAGGUCACAGUAGAAAACAAUGCCACAAGCCUGGCACACCUAUUUUUUGGACAGUUUUGUCCAUUCCUUUUAGCGGCACCUCUCAAGCUCCAUCAUUUGUUUUCAUCCAGCUUAAGGUGACGACUUGUCCAGGGUGUACUCCGCCUUCCGCCCAAAUGCAGCUGAGAUAGGCUCCAGCACCCCCCGGUAGUAAACGGAUGAGUGGAUGGAUGUCUCUGUGUAUUUCUGCAUUGAUCUUUCCCUCUAUCGUGACUUGGUUUCUUCCAAACGUGACGCCCGGCAUUCACACCAAAGACUUCCUUCUUCGUCUUACCAGACCAGAAUAUUUUGUUUCUCGUGGUCUGAGAGCUUUUCAGGAGCAUUUUUGGAAAACUUUUCCAAAUUUUGAGGACAAAAGUGAGUUUAUUCCAUUUUGAAGUAAGGCUUUAAGGUAAAAUGCGGAAAAAGUGAAACACUGUGAAUACUUUCCAGAUGCAUGUCAUGAAAAAAGUGUAAAAAAGCAAGUGGAGGAUGUCAAGUGGGUUACAUUGUCAUCAUCUACCUUGUUGUUGCGAUUGAGUCAUCGUCAUAAAUAAUGUGGUUACCACGGCAACAAUCUUUGCGCGGAAAGGAUUUUUUUUUUGCACCCGCUUUGUGGCAGCAGCUCAGGGAAGCGAGCGUGUGUGCAGUACACCUACCCUAAUCAUGAGGACAUUCUGGCUGGUCCACAUCAAGAAAAGUACUCUCAUGGACUUCACCCAAUCAGAGCGGGUGUGUUUUUAUUUUUCAUCUUUGUGUGACUCAAAAAAUGGACAUGCUUUUUUUUUUUUUUUUUUUUUUUUUUUUUUUUUUUUUUUGCCAGGUUUUAUUACUAGGAUGAAAAUUAAUUUUGACAUUUUUGGGGUGUCCGGAGCCAAAGAUCCCCCUCGUCUGUGUUGUGACCUUGGAGACAUGUACAGUCUGACUUUGUCCAUAUUGAACAUCCAAGAUGCUCCUAAUAUUUGUAUUAUUGCCCAUAACUGCAAGUAUUUGCAUUAGAAACGUAGGGAAGUUCAGUUUACCGGCGGGCUUUUAUUUUGAAGGCCUAACUUAAGCAGCUGCAGGCUGUGUUAACGUCGAUUGUGAUCGCAUUUUUUUAUGAGUUAAAAUAUGAGAAUUUUCCCUGGGGAAAAAAGGAUGUUUGACAGCUUUCUUACAAACUUUUUGUUUGGCAUUAAAGCACAAGAGAGUUAGACUUGGAACUCACGUCAUAGUCGGACUAUUGAUUUGGUGAUGCAAACAAAUGGAAAGUAUGAAAUUAUGUCGAGAGGAGGAAAUGACCCACAAUGCACAGCAAACAGUCAUUUACGAGCUCUAAGUUUCAUCCUUAAGAAUGGAAGCAGGUUCCAAAGUUAUCCAAGGAUAUAUUUUUAUCUUUUCUUCAUCGGAUCAUGUCUUGUAAUAUGCCCAAGAAGAGACAGUGUAAAUAUGAACUGUGUAUAUAUUAUACAUAUUCCACUUGUGAGCGCCUCUGCCUUUUGCUUUUAUUUUGAAGCUUUCUUUCGCAGGCGUUGCUAAGUGCACUGUGCUUGAAUCAACUGUAGACCGGAUGUACAGCUUCAUCAUUAAAUGACCAAUGGCAAAACCAA